AUGUCUUCCACAGAUUCGCAGCGAGCGUCGAUCACGAAAAACACGCCAUCCGUCGUAACGUCCUUUGCCAAGAACCCCCUGACGACGACAUUUACUCGACCCAAAUCUUGCGAUGGCAUCUAUCUCUCCGGCUUUCUGGCCAUGGUAGACGUGAGCUCCUCAUGUCUGCCGGAUGGUUUCAAAACGGAUGCCUAUUUCUCACCCGGUCUCAUCUGUCCGUCGGGAUAUAUCUCUGCCUGUCAUGAUACAACCGGCGUGAAGUCCAUAACGACAGUGACUUGCUGUCCAACACUCAAAGACCCAAAUGUUUCACUUGGCUGUGUUACCACGAGUACCUUAACAGACAGUUGGUCAACUUUGUUCUGCACUUGGAUCGGACCUGAAAGCUCAGACUCAACACUGCCUGUUACAACCAGCGACAGGGGUGUAACGUCCGUUAAAAAUCUUGGUUUUCAUAGCCCUGGAGGUUUGAACGCAUUUGGCAUUCGAAUGGUCUACGAAGCCUCUGACCUUUCAACCGAGACGAAGACGACAGCAACACCCACCGGUUCUGCCUCGCAAUCAUCAGGCGGCGCCGCAACUUCGAAUCCUCCCUCAGACACGUCGAACUCAGGUGGACUAUCGACAGGCGCCAAAGUAGCAAUAGGUGUCGUUAUUCCAAUUAUUGCACUCGCUGCUCUGCUUGGAGCCUUUUUCUGGUGGCGAAGGCGCAAGCACCAUUACCAGGUGCAGCCUCAGACCGAAGGCAAACCGCAGCCCCAACCUCAACCUCGCGCCGAGCUGCAUGGAACGCAUCUGAAUGAGCUCAUGGCUCAUUCAAACGACCCUGUAGAGCUACCAGCUUCAAAUCCAGGUGAUCAUCCCGAUCCUGGUAAGGCCGCAUCGUCUGCGAGAUGGGCUUAG